GGUGAGAAAGUGGCUCUCUCUUCCCUGAAUCAGGUCCUCUGCCACACAGAGCCACAAAGAGAGACUCGGGACACAGGCACACACGCACACGCUAACUUAAGUGAAGAAGAUUCUUUUGACUAUAAAGAUGAUGAGUCUCCUCUUUCUGGUGCUGAUUUCUAUCUGCUGGGCUGAACCUCACCCUGACAACUCAAGCCUGGAGCAUGAGAAAAUUAUUCACAUCCAAGAAGAAAAUGGACCCCGUUUACUUGUGGUAGCAGAACAAGCCAAAAUCUUCUCGCAGCGAGGUGGCAAUGUCACACUGCCAUGUAAAUUUUACCAUGAACACACAUCAAUAGCUGGCUCAGGAACCCACAAAAUCCGGGUCAAGUGGACCAAACUCACCUCAGAUUACCUCAAAGAAGUGGACGUCUUUGUUGCGAUGGGACACCACAGAAAGAGCUACGGAAAGUACCAGGGCAGAGUGUUUCUGAGAGAAAGCAGUGAAAAUGAUGCCUCCCUUGUAAUCACAAACAUAAUGCUGGAGGAUUAUGGAAGAUAUAAGUGCGAGGUGAUUGAAGGAUUAGAGGAUGACACGGCAGUGGUAGCUCUGAAUUUGGAAGGUGUCGUAUUCCCCUACUCUCCGCGGCUGGGUCGUUACAACCUGAACUUCCACGAGGCUCAGAAAGCCUGCCUGGACCAGGACUCCAUCAUCGCCUCCUUCGAUCAGCUCUACGAGGCCUGGAGGUCCGGGCUGGACUGGUGCAAUGCGGGCUGGCUCAGCGACGGCUCCGUGCAGUACCCCAUCACCAAGCCCAGGGAGCCCUGUGGGGGGAAGAACACGGUGCCUGGCGUCAGGAAUUACGGUUUCUGGGACAAGGAUAAGAGCCGCUACGAUGUGUUCUGCUUCACCUCAAACUUCAAUGGUCGUUUUUACUAUCUAAUACACCCAACCAAGCUGACCUAUGAUGAGGCUGUACAGGCCUGCUUGAAGGACGGCGCUCAGAUCGCCAAAGUUGGCCAGAUAUUUGCUGCCUGGAAGCUCCUGGGAUAUGACCGUUGCGACGCUGGCUGGCUGGCGGACGGCAGCGUCCGCUACCCGAUCUCCAGACCAAGAAAACGCUGCAGCCCUAAUGAAGCCGCCGUUCGCUUUGUAGGCUUCCCCGAUAAAAAGCACAAGCUGUAUGGUGUCUACUGUUUCAGAGCGUACAACUGAAAAUACCUAGAGCACACUAGAUUUACAUUCAUUAAGAACAUGUGAAAGAUUUCUUUUCGAUACGAACUCAUGCAAGUUACCAAAACUGUGAUAAACCUUUCUUACUGUAAAGAGUGAUUUUCAUAAACCCAACCCAUUAAUUUGUUUUUGGUUUUGCUUUAAUAUUUUUGUAAAAGUAUCAUUCCAUAGAUAUUUUAAAUUAAUAUAAUUUAAUGGAAGCUCUAGGUAAGGAAUUUUUAGAGCCAAAGUCUUUAAGCUACAUCAUCCCAACAAAAUAUAAUUUUCAUGAAUGGGGCAUGCAAUAGAGCUUGAGAAUUGCUAGGACACAAUUAUGGAAUGUAAGGCUACUCAAAGCAGAAGCUUUUAAAAGCACAAAUUUUACAUAUUUUUACCAGUUUGAGAUACACUGCAAAUUGAUUAUAUCUGGAGUUUUGAAAUAAGAUAAUGUUUUUGUUUAUAGGGGGUCAGUAAGA